AUGAGUUCUUUCAAGUUGUUGCUUCUUUUCGCUGUCUACGUUUUCUGUGAAGUUUUCACUGUGAAUGCGGAAACUUGUCAGAAUGGCAAACUCUAUCCGGCGGAGACAAACAAAGGGUAUUAUUACUGCGCCAAUGGAGUGAAGAAAUAUUCUGAAUGUCCGGGUGAAAAUUCCUACUUCGAUGUCAACUUCUCUGCCUGUCGUUAUGGAAAACCUUCGUCACCGCCUUCGUCUUUACCGGAAGAAAAUGCAGUUGUAUCCGGCAAAUGCCAACGUAUUGGUUUAAUCGGAGAUUUAACAGAUUGCAGUCGAUUUUUCCACUGCGAUGCAAAAGGUUUUGAUUUGAAGAUUGGCAACUGUCCCGAUAAUCACAUCUUUGACUUGGUAAAAUUAUAUUGUGUCAUCGGCAAGUGUUAAACUUUGGACAACAGGAAUUACAAAUUAAGUAUUCAAAUUUGUAUUUAAUAAAUAAAUAAAUAUGAAGGAAUAUGA